AUGAUCUUUGACACUCUCGUCUUUACUCUUUUAUUUUAUUCUUUUCUAUUUUCUCAAGCAUACUCGUCAUGUCCAACGGCAAUCACUGGUCGCCCGAAAUAUUGUAGAAGAGAAUGCACGACAGAUGACGAUUGUAAAAAACAUAAAAAAUGUUUGUGCGAUGGUGAGUGUGGACUGAGCUGCAUCAAUCCGGCUUCAACUUGCCAUUCUUUGCACGAAAUCGAGAAUGGCUACUUCAGAACUGCCGGAGAGCUGAGAUUUGGUUCGAACGCUGAAUACUCUUGUGAUAAAGGUUAUGUCCUAAUCGGACCAAGUCAAAGAAGAUGUCAAGGAAAUCGAGAAUGGAGUGGAGCUCAACCGAUUUGUAGACUUCAAUUAAAGUGUGGACCACCACCUGAAAUCCCUUAUGCCAUUCAUGAUGGAGUUUCAUAUUCUGGAGAAUACGAUUUGGAUGCUGAAGUAACGUAUUCAUGCGUUCCGGGGUACCACAAAUUCAACUCUAAGGGUUUGACAAUUGCUAAAUGUUUAUUAAAUCGCAAGAAUAUCGCUCAAUGGUUCGGUCCAGAACUUAAGUGUAAAGCUCGAUCAUGUCCUGACCCCGGAAAAUUGGAUAAUGGUUUCAGAGAUGGUGAAGUUUUUGAAUAUCCGCAUACUGUAACCUAUUCGUGUGCUCCUGGCUUUCUACUCUUUGGGCCAACUACGAGAAAAUGCGAAAGUAACGGAGAAUGGACUGAUGAGCAACCAGUUUGUAAAGCAACGGAGUGUCCUCGUCCUCCCGAUCCUUUGUAUGGAAGGGUUUUGGGAACUUCUCUCACCUACGAGUCAAAAGUUACAUAUGAAUGCAAGGAAGGUUAUAGAUUGGUCGGACAAGUUGAACGAACAUGCAUGGCAGAAGGCUUAUGGGCGGGGCUGGAGCCGAGAUGUGAAGAAAUAAGAUGUCCUACUUUACCUUCUUUGGAGAAUGGUUACAUUGAAGGAGGGGAAAUAUUCUACGGAGCAACUGCUACAUUCAGAUGCCUAGAAGCAAUGACUCAUAUAGGAGCUUCAGAGGCGAAAUGCCUCGAAAAUGGCCAAUGGAGUCAUCCAAUUCCACGAUGCUUAGGCUCUUGCAAAGUACCCAAAAUCGAGAAUGGGAAAAUAAAAAAUAAAAUACAGGAUCAAUUGAUACCAUCAGGUAAUAUUGUGGAAGUAGAGUGUAAUGCGAAGUAUGAAGCCAACAUGAAAAAUAAGAUGAGUUGUCAUAACUCAACCUGGAGCCAUGUUCCCAUCUGCACUCCUCUGAAUUGUCAUGAUUGGCCACCCCGAGUCCCCCAUGCACGGAUCUUAUUUACUAAAUCGUCCCAUGGGGCUGUUGCUAAAUACGAAUGUAAAAGCGGAUUUUACCCAAGUAUUGAUGCUCAACAACGCAUCAAAUGUUUAUUCGGACAAUGGACGCGAGAUGGUCCACCGUUACGCUGCCUUCCAACUUCUUGUGAACACCCGUCUAAAACUUUCGGAACACUGUCGGGGGGACAAAUACUUCUGGAAGGACAGAUGGGAGCUUACGACUUUGCCCAUUACAUUCAGAAAGUCGAACAAGGACGGGCUAUCGUUUUCCAAUGCAAUAAAGGAAACUAUCUCAUAGGAGCUCCAAAAGCUUCUUGUGUUGAUGGAGAGUGGAUGCCUAAAGUUCGUCCCAAAUGUGUCUCUCAAACACACCCCAUGAUCGAAGGAAGAAUCACUUGGGAUAGAAUGAAAAGAGAAAUACGAAUUGGCAGUAGGUUAAAAAGGGAAGUUCUUUGUCCUAAUAUGGAAUCGGAUGACGAACGAACUGUCAUCUCGAACACAGAUGGAAGCAUAACGAUUGUUUGUAGAGAAGGUUAUGAAUUUCCAGCUGAUAACCUGGAUGGGGAUUCUGUUUGCAUUCAAGGCAAAUGGAGUCCAGCAGUCAGGAGAUGUAUUCCUAAAUCUUGCCGGAUACCCGUGCGUCUUCAUGUGUUCUUUCUCAAAUUCAAAAGUUCUCAAAUUUUACAAUCAAAUGAUAUUCUCGGGCAUGGAACAACGGCCAAUAUGGUUUGCCUUAGAGGAUUCCAGCUCGUUGGUAAUGGUUUUCUUGAGUGUGACAGAGGGAAUCUUCUUACGCCACUUGGUCAUUGUAUUCCACAAGAAUGUGGCUUGCCGACUUUAUCUGUAGGGUCAUUUGACCCACCCAAGAGAACGUUAUCCGAUGGGCAACGAGCUACCUUACAAUGUCCUUCAAUCGUUCUCAACAUCACUUGCUCGAAAGGGAUUCUCACUCCUCCACCAACAUGCCUCACGAACUCAACCUCCUACUGUGUCCCUCCAAAAGACUCUACUCCUGCCAUAAUCUAUCGCGUACUUGGUCUUAGAAAAACAAAUCUCGAUCGUUAUCAAGCUGUCUAUCCGAAUGGCACAAUUUUCCAAUACAAAUGUGUGGAAAAUCGGGAGGAAGCAAGUGGUAUUGAAUGUGUGAAUGGUCAAUGGAUCAGUAACUUGUUACCCUGUGUCUCUUCUAAUGCAACAGAGCUCUCGAUCCCAACAUCGCAUGACAUGUGUUCCUUCCCUCCGAUAAACUCAUCAUUCCGUAUAAUCAAUAUAGAUAACUAUAUUAUGAGUGAUGAUCAUAAGUUUGCUCAUGGAACUAUUCUGAUGGUAGGGUGUGCCAUUUCCAAUGAUAUUUCCAAGACCAUGGAGUACAAGUGCAGAAGGGGGAAAUGGAGUCGUAAACGUCAAUUGAACUGUUCUUUUGUAGGAGAACCUUGUGAGUAUAAGGUUGAGCUGAAUUCACGUGUAGUUGCCUUCGACGUUUUACGUAAGGAAAAUGUUUUGUUUAACGAAGUAUUUCAAGAAGGAUCUCGUUUACUCUUUCGGUGUUCUAAUCUAGGAAGUGAAGUUAUUCGGGGGCAACGAGAAAUUUCUUGUAGGAAAGGGAAGUGGUCGGCUUCAUUCCCUUACUGCAUUCCGUUAGAUCCUCUAUCAAAAGAUAUACCUCCGAUUGUGUUCGAUGUUGAAGAUGGCGCUUAUUCCGUUUCUCCCAAAGGUCAAUUAAUAGUAAGCCGAAGCUCAACAAUCACUUUCUCUUGUCUAACUCCAAAAAAAGAUGGAAAACCGGCAUGGGAACAUUCUUCAACUUAUAGAUCAUAUUAUCAACAAUGGACUACAGUGAAUGCCCUUGGCAAAAAAAAUUUGGAUUCCUAUGAGUUGACUAUUGCUGGCGCACAAAAAGAAGACUCGGGACUUGUGCACUGUGUACUACCAAACGGUAAACGAAAUACUAUAAAGUUUUCUGUGGAAGUUGGAACUUGUAAUCCACUUCAGAACUCUUCGCAUCUUUAUGUUUACUUCACGAACCGAAGCUUCUUUAUUGGAACUGUAGCUCAGUUUUCGUGUCCUGUUGGGUUCCGUAUACAUGGAGCUUCUACCUCAACCUGUCAAUCAGAUGAAACUUGGAGUCAUGCAGCACCCAGAUGCCACGCCGCUCAAUGCCCUCCUUUACCAGUCGAUGGAACAAAAAUGUCCGUAACUGUAACAUCCUAUAAAUUUGGAGGUGUUGCUAUCUUCCAAUGUGCGAAAGGAUUUACGCUAAUUGGAGCUGAGCACAUUCAUUGUACAAGUGAUGGAACUUGGAAUGAACGUGUACCUCAUUGUACCAUUGUCAAAUGUGGAUCGGUAACGCCACCAAAAAAUGGGUUCAUUGUAGGUGCAAUCAAAGAACAGUAUCAGAAAGGAGAUAUUGGGGACUUCUCAAUCUGUCAGUCGAGUGGUAAAUUCAGUGAUGUGGUUACAAAAUGCGAUGCUAUUUGCAGACACCCCGGUCGGCCUCUGAAUGGAGAUUCCACGGCUCCAGCUAAGGAUUAUUAUCUAGUUGGAGAGAAGAUUGUAUUUUAUUGUCCGUCGCCUGAAUAUAAAUUGAAUGCUGAGAAUGUUCUGACUUGUAUAUCCGCUGGGAAAUGGUCACGUAAAGUUCCAUUAUGCCUUCCGGAUUCAAAAAAUAAAUAA